UAUCAAAGAAGAAGAAGAAGAAGAUCCUCCUCGUGAUUAGCCUGGUUAGCUGUCCGGUGCUAACCUUGUAGCAGCAGCGGUCAGAGGCGUACUGCGUCACAGGAAGCAGCGCGGCUCACUGGGAAUGAAGGUGUUCGGGUCUCUGUAGAAAACCUGCGGCCGUUUGUCUUUUCGCCCUUCAAGGUUUUUGCUUCUCACGGACAGCCAUCCACAGCAGCAGCAGCGUGGGCCCAGCGUGGACACACAGGGUGUGAAUUAUGGCCGUCCAGGUGACCGAGUCUGACCAGAUCAAACAGUUCAAGGAGUUUUUGGGGACGUACAAUAAAGUAACAGAGAACUGCUUCAUGGACUGCGUGAAGGAUUUCACCAGCAGAGACGUAAAGCCUGAGGAGUCCAGCUGCUCAGAGUCGUGCCUGCAGAAGUAUCUAAAGAUGACACAGAGGAUCUCCAUGCGUUUCCAGGAGUACCACAUCCAGCAGAACGAAGCUCUGGCUGCUAAGGCAGGACUUCUGGGCCAGCCUCGCUGAGCGGCUCUGAAGUAAGCGUGGUCCAGAUCCCGGUCCUGGUCCAGAUCCAGGUCCAGCACACCCUCGGUCAUCACAGUAAAAACUGAAAGGAAUGAUGUUUUGUGUAAAAUGGAGCCAAAGCUUGGACAUAAAGGCUCCCUGUUGGUAUGUGGAGUCCAGCCUGAUCUGGUUCUGUCUGGAGCAGAAUUCGGGUGAGGUUUUCCAUCUUGUGUACUGAAAUAGAUCUUGUUCCCUUUCAUGGGGGUUUUAUGUUUUUCUGUCUGA